UGCCGAUGGCGUCAUAAUAAUCUUGAUUAUUGUGGAUAGCGCAGUUUGGUCGUCAGGCAGUACACAACAAAAAAUGGGAUUAUUUCAUAGUUGUAUGAGAAAAAAUAAAGUAGGCAUCAUCUCAGACGAGGAGGAAGCAGCAUACAAACAGAUAGAGAAGGUGAACUCCGAAGAUGUGGAAGAGGAGGUUUACAUCCCGACCCUCUUGGAUGCCAUGUUUUGUGUGACACCGCAAGAGACCCAUGGUGACAACGCCAACGGUUCUAGUACAAGUGAUUGUAGACAACCAGAUAACUCUAGGCCUACAUCAGAUGUUACUCAAAAGAGUGAAAUGAUGCAGCCCACCUACGAGUCGAGUAUUCCAAAACUACCUCCAAUCAAUGCAAACAUCACUAGAAUCUUGAUUCUUCCCAUUGAUAACGAGGCCGCCUACCAAGAAUGGAAAGAAAAAAUUCACAAAGCUCUUCGAGAGGAAGGUCUGUUGAAAGAAGACAGAUUGGCGGAAAGAAGAAGAAAACUGAUCGAGCGAGGCAAACUGAAAAACUAAAAUAGAGACAGAUACACAAGGCACUGAGCAACAUGGAAGUGAACAAUGUACAAACACCAUCUUUACAAAUGACAAUGACUUACUAGUUAUUUAUCUGCAAGCAUUUAUCUCUUACUCAGAUUUAAUUAUUCCAUGGAUUUAUUUGUACAUUUUUUUAUUUGAGAAUAGAAAGGACGUCCAUGCUCUUUUACCAAAGUUUGCCUUAUUACACUUCUGAAUUAUUUUUUUCUCUUUCGACCAUAUACUUGAAUUGGAAUUUUUCCAGGAUGUGGACAUGGAUAGAAUAGAAGCUUAUUUUCUGACCAAAUUAAUGAAAUUAACUUUUUUCAAAAUUAUUUUUGGGUUUUCUUUUCUGGUAAGACAAGUGAAGAAGGUCACUUUGACGAAUUGCCAGAUCAAAAUUAUGUUAUGACUUCUUUUGGCUUGCCAGAAAUAUCAGUCUAUUCUGUAAACAGAGGAAAUAGAUUAAUACCUUAUUAAAAUUUUAUAAUGUUAUAAUAUGUUCAUCCAUUCAGUAAAGUUUUGUCGUUCUCUCUUGUUUAAUUCAUACAAUUUUCGAAAUAAUAAACAUCAAUAUCAGAUUA